GGAGAGAGGCAGACAUGAGGAUACCCAGAACAGACAGGCAGAGAGAGAGCCACAAACAAACAGGCACUAUCUUUGGCCACGAAUAGUACGUCACGCAGGACCCCUAUUUCUGUGAGCGGAUUUCAAAUUUCAAAACAAACCGCGCCUUGUCUUGUCUGUCAGGAUGUAUUCCCCUUGAAAAGUUGCAAAAGUCUACGCUAAAGUUAGCUGCUAGUAGGUGCCAAUUAUGGAUGCGGGUGAAAAGCAGGGUGCGUGCCCCCUUUCUUGUGCAGAUGGGAAGGUAUCCGAUAUUCCAAAACCUGCCUCAAUCGAAGACUUCGUUGUUUUGAAGCCCAUCAGCCGUGGUGCCUUUGGAAAGGUUUACCUUGCACGGAAGAAAAGCAAUGCACGCUUAUAUGCAAUCAAGGUGGUGAAGAAAGCAGACAUGCGUGACAAAAAUAUGGCAGAUCAGAUGAAGGCAGAGAGGGACGCAUUGGCCCUCAGCAAAAGUCCCUUUGUUGUGCACCUCUUCUACUGUCUCCAAACAGCAACAAAAGUGUAUUUGGUGAUGGAAUACCUUAUUGGAGGGGAUGUGAAAUCACUUCUUCACAUCUAUGGGUAUUUUGACGAGGACAUGUCAGUGAAAUACAUUUCAGAGGUGGCACGUGCUUUAGACUACCUCCAUCGCCAUGGAAUCACCCACAGGGACCUAAAGCCGGACAAUAUGCUUGUGUCUAAUGAAGGCCACAUCAAGCUUACAGACUUUGGCCUCUCCAAAGUCAAGCUUGACAGAGAAUUGAGUCUUGCAGAUAUCUUGACAACCCCAUCUUUGGUCAUGCCUAAACAAGAUUAUUUCCGCACCCCUGGUCAAGUCCUGUCUUUGAUCAGCUCUCUUGGACUUAACACACCAGCAGUGGAGGGCAAGCGGCACAGCAGCGGCUCGGCUGUGUUUAGCCCUAUGUCAUGUGGGAAAAUUGAACAGCGGAAAAACUCGCUCAGUUCGCCCUUGAGGAGACAGAAGGAAUACCUGCGUUCCCCUGUCUGCCUUAGCCGGACUUUGGGACCCAACAGCUGUGUGUUCAGCCCAUAUGCUUUGGCCAAGAGCCUGACUCCCAGGCUGCUCAAGUCCAGGAGGAGGUUUGACACCAUGAGCGCAUGCGGCAGCCAAUCAUGCAUCUUCCCCUCCACCACUGACUCUGAGGGAGGUGUCAGCCCACUAUGGGAGCUGGAGCAGAAUGAGGUUGAGAACGUGCCGUACCUAUAUGGUAGGAAUGCAAGUGGACAAACGGGCGGAAAGGUGACCUCUGAUAUGAGGAUGUUGGGCCAGGGCUCUGCCCUGGCAUCGUUGGACAACUUGGACCUACGUGAACAGCUCUACCAAGAACCCAGUACCGGAGAACUGUCCAGGAAGGCCGAACAGGAACCCCAUGCUGGAAAGAAGCUUCAGUUUAACGAGGUGGAGCAAUCUGCCCCACCCAAGAAGCCUGAACUCUCUCAAUCAAUCAGAGGCAAUGUUUCUGGAGCUGAAAGUAUCUGUGCCACCAAAGGGAAACCAAUGGAAGUCCAGUCUGGGGUAACCUCAGCAGUAAAGAGAGGGUUUGAGGAGGUGGAGAAAAGUCCUGAGCAGUUGGAAUCUCUUUCCAAGAAGAGAGACUCGGAGUACCAGAGGUGUUCUGGGGUCCCAGAAGUGGCUUUGAAGUAUCGUACUGGUCUGACCGGGGUGUUUGCCAAUGUUCAUUUGGAGGAGUUUGGAUCUGAGGGUCAAGGGACUGCUAAAGGACAGGUGCCCAAACGCUCCAGUCCCAUUGCUGUGUCUAAAAACCUCCUGUGUGAGUUGGAUGACCUAGCAGAGGGGGUCUUUGUUGAGGGAAGAUAUUUUGGUGAAGACCAUGAGCUGAGCAGCAGCCUGAGCAUUGACUCUGAGGGGUCGGUUCAUGAAAUGUCCAUCAAUGUCAACAGCCCAACCCCAAAGUGGUCGACUCAUAGUGCCAAAGGGCAUUUGCCAUUGUUAGAGCUAGACAACAGCGCAAUAUCACCCAGUACCGCACUGCCACCUCAGCCACCCACCUUCGCUAGUAUAGGAACAGCAAAGCCGGGCAACAUGCUCACCCUGCAAGGAGGCGUAUCCAAACGCUCUUUCCUUGACAGAGUCCCCGAGCUGGACCCCAGCAUGACCAAGUCACCCUCGUUCCUCAAGCCCAGGAACGUGGUGGCCUUCCGGAGCUAUUGCAGCUCCAUCAACCGCUCCAACAUGUCGUGGAACUCACGCCUCAGCCUGGGCUCAGUAGAGGCCAUGGAUAUGGCUACCUCAGCCUCCUACCACAGUAUGCCUGCUGCUGUCACACCAGUCCAGAAGAGACCCAACUCCAACAGCUCCCUCUAUCAGACCCCACAGACGAUGACAACAUCCCACACUCCAUUCAGGACCCCCAAGAGUGUCCGACGUGCUCCGGUACCUGUGGAGGGAGUGCCGAUUUUAGGCACCCCAGACUACCUAGCCCCAGAGCUGCUAUUGGGGAUACCACAUGUUUCAGGAUAUCUUAAUUGUGACUACAUGGUGGACUGGUGGGCCUUGGGUGUGUGUCUGUUUGAGUUCCUCACCGGUGUGCCCCCCUUCAAUGACGAAACCCCUCAGCUUGUCUUCCAGAAUAUUCUCAACAGAGAUAUCCCAUGGCCUGAUGGUGAUGAGGAGCUAUCCCACAAUUCCCGGAAUGCCAUAGAGAUCUUACUCACCAUGGAUAUGAACAAACGGGCUGGCCUCAAAGAACUGAGGAGCCACGCUCUCUUUGAGGGGUUGGACUGGGAUAACCUUCAGAACCAGACCAUGCCCUUCAUCCCCCAGCCGGAGAACGAAACAGACACGUCAUACUUUGAUGCUAGAAACACUGCCCAGCAUCUAGUCAUGUCUGGAUUCAGUCUGUAGGUUUGUACACCAGCGUUGGGGUGAAUUCCAGUCUAUUCAGGAAGUACACUGAAAUUCCAAUUCCUUUUAAUGCUUUUCAUUUGGUAAAAUUUGAAAUUGAGUUUACUUUCUGAAUUGAAAUGGAAUUGACCCCACGCUGUUGUACACCAACUGUUCCUCACUAUGCUAUCCUCUAUCUCUCAUCCUCUACCAUGCAUCACUGCAGUGUUUUCCCUACUGUUAUGUAGGCUGGGCAGGUACCCUAUUGAGUUUUGUUUUAGGGUUCUAGUUGGUUAAGAAAAAAAAUUAAUUAAUAUAUAACUUAAUCUUGUGUGUGAGUUGAAUAUUUGUACUGUCUGUCAACUUAAUGGCAUAACUGUCUUUUUAUAUCACGUAGCACCAUGUUUCACUGCUCUUUUAUGCGCCUGCCACUUGUAAAGUGACCCCUAUGAUUGAUUUCAUCUUCAUGCAGGUCACAUACACUACAUCUGUAUGGAUACUCUCCACAAAAUAUUUUUAUUUCUUGUUGGAUCUUUUUAAACAUUUUUUUACAUUCUUAUGAGGAAAAAUGUACAAAUUAAAAUGGAUGUUGUGUGAAGUGA